CCAGAAGUCGAGUAGGCUAGUUUUGACCUUUGUCCCCUCAUCACUCACUCACUCAGUCACAAUGGCGGACUCCAGGCCAAAAGAACAUUCCUUGCGAUCUAAACACUUGGACAAUUCCCAGUGUUUGAGGCAUUCAGAGCGACUUUCGGCUCGCGAGAGAAGCGUGGCUACAUCUAAGGUGCCUAGUGGGGAAAUAAGGACUUUGCGUUCGAGGGAUAUUCGACCGGAAAAAAAGGAGGAAUGCGGUAUGGUUGUGGGGAGGGUGGGUGGACAGAGAACAAAGAAACCCACCCAACCACCGCUACCGACCUCCCCGGUCCGGGUUAGCGCUAGGCUGAAGGAAAACACUGCUGCUACGAUCCCUCCUCUUUCAGCAAAGCACGGCCGACGGUUUUCUGAGACCGAUGCGUCGCCGUACGGGACCCGCAACAAGAGGAGCCGGAGUCUUGGGUCGAACCACCACCACGGAAGUGCCCCGAGCCCCGGCGAACAAGCCUUCAACAGGAUAGCCACAAGGUUACGGGAAAAACUGUCCACAACAUCAAGGGCUACUGCGGACACUGACCACCUCCACCACCACCACCCGGGCACCAAUCUACGAGCAGUGGUCAGCCUACAGAAGCUGGAGUGUCCAACCAAAGGGAGAGUGACCACCACCACAGUUGACCAACGCAAAUCUACUACUACUACUACUACCUCCAAACAACACAACGGUAUCUCAGGUAAAAAUAUAGACUCUUCCGACAGAAUAAGUUGCGAGAAUGCUGUCCAACCCUCGUCGUGCGAAGACCGUAGAAGCUCGGGACCUGAUAAAAACGCAAACCAAACGUUGCAACUCAACUGUGUUAAACACGAGAUAGUAACUGAUGAUGACGUUGAAAAUAAGAAGGAAGGAAAAGAAAAUGCGGAACUCGAGACAGCGUCAACAGUUAACCACAGGGUGGAAGAAGAAUGUAUGGAAGUUGUCCAACAGGAUUCCAAAACAACAAGCAAAGAAACUGCUAUAAAGGGGACAAUGGAAAACGGCACACUUCAAGGAGAGGAAGCAACAAAAACAGUUGUAGAUUCAAGUGAAAAUGUGUCCACAAAUGGUACUUCAACACCAUCGCAGUCUGAAAUAGGAGGAGAAAGUGUCAAGGAAGAAGCAGAAACCAUAAGUGUACAGUCUGGUCAGAAACCAGAGUCACAGAGCCAGCAGGAAACCAACAGUCAACAAGAUUCCGAAGACAGCCGGAUGACGAUGGACGACGAAACCCAGUCGAGCCACUCUUCGUCGGCUAACGACCAGAACUCGAGCGCGAGCCAGAACUCGUACGCGUGUAAGUGGGAACAGUGCGACCAAAGCGUAGCUAGUAGUAGCGAUUUAGCGGACCAUUUGUCCAACGUGCAUGUACGCGAGGAGGGCGAGAAGGUGGUGUGUUUGUGGCAGGGUUGCCGUGUUUAUAACAUGCCCGCGCGCAGCAGGAGCUGGUUAAGUAGACAUGUGUUACAGCACAGCGGAGACAGGCCGUUCAAGUGCAUGAUAGAGGGAUGCCGCGCGGCCUUCGCCUCUCAGGGAGGACUAGCCCGCCACGUGCCUACUCACUUUGUGGAGCCCAACACCCCGAAAUCAACACCAAACAAAAAGGACGAGAGUCCGAGCAAGAGCACGAAACGGAAGAAGACGCGGUUCCGUCGCCGAGGCUCCAUUGUGAGAACCGAGGACUUUUUCGAUACGCGGAUCAUGGACAUGAUUCGCCAGAAGCUCGUCACGUUCAAUAUGAUGACGUACGUGGAUACGGUGGGGCGCGGUCAGAAUGUCGUCUUCCGUAGUCAGGUGCUAGGGAGGAGGGUGGAGCCCAGCGGACAGGUGAAACUUCUACUGCGGUGGGUCCCCGAGAACGUCUUACCCGAUGUCUGGGUCGACGAAACGGAACUCCCCGCCAACCAAGCCAAACUGGUACCGCUCACAUCACUACCAGCAGAGGCCCUUAUCAGCCUGGACUCCUCUCUAUACAGAAACAUCUCUUAUGCAAAUUUCAGGAAAUAACUAAACGAGAGAGAUAGGGCGACUAUGUGCCGACUUUUCCAGGUUUUCUAACAUAACAAUAAGUCAGAACUCAAGGCAGCUCAAUUUUCCACACAAAGUACAGAUAGAGAGAAAAAAAGGUGCUGUUUUAGGUUCAAAAUGAUGGAGAUUUCUACUCUUCGUUUGUAAAUGUUUCCUACUGUCUCUUUGGUGUAUAUUUUUUAUUCAGGGUAUUUUUGUUACUUGGUAAUUUCAUUUUGAGUGUAUCUCUGUUCUUCUGUUAUGUGUUUGGGACAUUAAUUAGUGAAAGUGAAUAUUAGUUUGACUUUUCCUUUUUAAGACUCCUUCCCAUCUUUUUGCAACAAACAGAAAAGUAAAAUACUUGACUCUUCUGUAACUUUGUAAAAAAGACUGGAAAAGAAUGCAGUGUUAUAAGUAGAUUAGACCCACAGAUCCAACGUAGUGCAAUUGCUUUGAUGAUGCCUUAAAUUAUUUUGCUCUAUGAUUUGUCUUAAUUGUUGCCGAUUUCUGUUAAUUUUGAUUUGAUUAUGUAUUUAUGUAUGCUCGACUUUGAUAAAAGCGUGUGGUGUGUAGCUAGCAAAAAGGUAAAAAAAAAGAAAGAAAUCUGCAGUAUCUUACUGUCAAACAGUGCCUUCGAGUGCAUGUAAAGAUUGUAGACUACUUGAAUUACUUUAUCUGUCGAAAGGACCAAUUGAAAGACUUUGAGUGGAGUCAAAUGUGUACAUAAUGUGUUUGUUUUGAAUAAGAGGAGAUAACCUAUAGGAAGUUUGCUCCUGAUGUCACAGUAGGCAUAUUGAUUGUUUAAACCGAAGAGAUUCAUUUACAUAAAUUUGCAUAUGUAUGGCAUAAUGAUUGCUGAGGAAUUCUAAUGACAAAUUCAAGUUUACCUGAUGACUUCCAGGUUUAACCAUCCAAUAUGGUGGCUGUGACGUCAUGUGCAAGAAAUACUUAAGUCAUGGUCAUGUGAUUGCAAACAGCCAAUGGGAGGUUAGAUGUUACAGAGCAUAUGAUUGGUUCAGGCUGCUGUACCACUAUUGGUCAGGAUGAAAAUUUCGUCAUAUCACAGAGAACUGUUACAGUGUUAUUAUGGCUACCUGUAUAUUAUUUUGUUAUGGACGGGUAUUGUGAAAUGUAUUUUCCUUGCCCCCCAUCUCCUAUCCUCUGUAGUCAAUGGAUAGAUUGACAGAAAUACUUUAAAUGUUGAAGGGGUGGAGUUUCAUUCACAAGCAGGGACCUCAAUGCAAAUGGUAGAUACAGGGGGAAACAAUGUCAUUUGUUUAGGUUAUCUUUUGUGACUUGCAAAAUCACACAGUCAGUCUUUGAGACACAUUCCAUAUAGUUUGAACUGAUAAACUGAUUUGGGCUUGUUUAAAAAGACACAGGGACCUUUAAUAACGGUGUGUAAUGUUUUGUGAUCAAAUUAUUUUAAUAAACCUUUUUUGGUGCAAAGGUCAAUUU